UCCGACGUCGGUUAGGGUUCUAUUGAUCAUCAUCUGAAACUCGUACCUCCGUCCAAGAACGCAGAAACCUUUAACUUCCGAUACGAAAAUUUAAGUUCGUACCGUCUCUUGUGCUCCUGGUAUCUUAAAGAGUGUUGAAAGAGAGAUUACGUCUUUCCAUAGUUUUCAAUCGUCUUCCCGAUGGCUACGAGACUUCUUGCGAAUUUGUUAGUCUACAGCUCUGCAGCCAUAGUCAGGGCUUGUGGUCAGGCUUAUCGUCAGGCUCUUACAAAUGCAUCAAAAUCGGGGGUUGCGCAUGAAGCAAUGCAGAAUGUUAAGAGUGGAAGCAGAAGGAUGAUAAGUGAACCAGAAGCUAGACAGAUUCUUGGUGUAACCGAGAAAUCAUCUUGGGACGAGGUUCUACAGAAAUACGAUACUUUGUUCGAACGCAAUGCGAAGAACGGAAGCUUUUAUGUCCAAUCAAAGGUCCAUAGAGCUAAAGAAUGCUUAGAGGCUGCUUACCAGAAGAAACCGGAGGGAAUUACAACAAGCACAUAAACAAACGAUUGUGUAGUUUAGAAGCAAAUCUUGAAUAUCAACUUUUGUGAUACAUGUGUUAAGUUUUCUUGGUGUCUCUAAACCGGUUUUGGCCCGAGAAGUUUGAAAAAAUUGGAUAGAGUGACGGUGAAGGGAAAUAAUACGGCCGCAAAGGUUGAAAUGAGAGAAGGUCGGUGAAGCCGGCGUUCGGACACUCACCCACUCACCGGCCGUUGUUUCAAGUCAGCGUUUUUAUUUAUUAUAUUGACUUUUCAAGUUCUUAGGUAUACACGUUGAAUUCCAAAGUCUGUCGAGUUGAAUUAUCCUUAGAUUUCUGAAGCUGUCUAUUUCAUUCUAGUACCAAAAAAUAGUGAAUAACAAAAUCGCACGUAGGAUAACACACGUGCUGUUUGUGUAAGACAAUUUUGUAUUGUGUUGUCCCCUUUUUUUUUAAUUUCAUUUGUACCAUCAUUACACAACAACUUGAUGAUGAAAUUCAAAGACGGUGAGAUGCGGUUUUCACUA